GUCGGGUUUUUUGAGGGUAUCAUAAAACUUGACACAUUUAUAGGGUAUUGAUUUUGUAUAGUAUUUUGAUUUUUUGUUAUUGAAUUUGGGGUUAAUGUGUCUUGUGUUUUAGGCAAAAAAUGCUUUAAUUAUGUUGAUUUCUGUUGCACACUUUUGUGUAUAUAUAUAUAUGCAUUUCAACUGGUCAUGCUGGUAUUGUGAAUAUUUAUCGUCUAAAUAUAUAACUGGUAUGAAUGACUCUCCUGAUUUGUUUGGCCUAAAUAUACUCAAUUACAAGAACAUUAGUUUUCCUUGAUGUACAACAAAACUUGAGCUCUCUAAUUCUUGCUACUAGCCCCAUCAUUUUAGUUUGCCAUUCCAGUUGCUAAACAUGUUAGGAUCUUCUAUUGGUUAUCUCUUAUAGUGACUAGACAUUGUUUUGCUAACAUUGCAGGUUGCAGCACAAGCAUUGCCUGCACCAGAAGUUAUCAGUGACAUUCUGAAUGGAAACUGGGACCAUGAGAGGACUGAGUUCUCUUUACCACCUUUGAUGACUCUGUUACUAGGAGAACCAGGAACUGGUGGUUCAUCUACGCCAUCAAUGGUUGGUGCUGUAAAAAAAUGGCAAAAGUCUGACCCUCAUAAAUCCUUGGACACAUGGAGAAGAUUGUCAGAGGCGAAUUCGCAGUUAGAAAUUCAACUGAACUUUUUGAGUAAAUUAGCAAAGGAACAAUGGGAUGCAUAUAAAUCUGUGAUUGAUAGCUGCAGCAAGCUCAGAUCAGAAAAGUUUCAAGUGGUGUGACUGAAUUUCUAAUGCACAUAUGUGAUAUCAUGUUCUUGAGACUACACUUCAGGCUCUCAUGUUCUUGCUUUUCUUCUUGUGUUGAUGUU